CUAGUAAUCGAUCAUGAUGCUAUCUGCUUUUCAUUGUUAUCCUUCAUAUCAUAUACGUCCUUUUUAAAAUCUAGUUUCCACCAUGGCCGCAAAUCGACUGGGCAUUGCGGCCCUUAUCGCGGUUGUGUUGGGCCUAUCGUAUGCAGCGCAGCCGACUUCACUUGAUGAAAAGGUCAAAGCACUACAAGAUCUGCUAUAUCGUCAACCUGCAAUACGGCUGAACAUGGAUCGUUGGAAGACGUUUGUCAGACAACAACCACGUAACUACAGUAUGAUCAUCAUGUUCACGGCAUUGUCACCUGGCGUAAAUUGCCCGAUUUGCAAACCCGCUUAUGACGAAUUCAUGAUCUUGGCGAAUUCUUAUCGAUACGCUCAUUCUGAACUGAAACAAGUGUACUUUGGAGUUGUCGACUACGAAGAAGCUCCACAGAUCUUCCAUGCGAUGAACCUCAACACUGCACCGAUUCUAUACCACUUCGGACCAAAGUUGCAGGCCAAGAAGAAGCCCGAUCAGAUGGAUUUCCAGCGUCAUGGAAUAGAUGCGGAAGCUAUGGCACGUUUUGUUGGAGAGUACACUGACGUACAGAUCCGCAUCCUCCGACCUCCCAGCUAUGCUGCUCCUGUGGUCAUUGUACUGCUGCUCGCACUUGUUCUUGGUCUCCUAUACAUGAAGAGGAAUAAUCUGGAAUUCUUGUACAACCGCACAAGUUGGGGACUGGUUUGCCUUUGCAUCACGUUUGUAUUCUUGUCUGGCCAGAUGUGGAACCACAUUCGUGGCCCGCCUUUCAUCAUGAACAAUCCGCAGACGCGAGAAGCCAGCUUCAUUCAUGGCUCAACACAGUAUCAGCUUGUUGCUGAAACAUACAUUGUUGGUGCUCUAUACGCUGCAGUCACCUUCGGCUUCAUUCUUCUCAAUGAGGCCGCGAGUCCUAGCAGUGAGGUUGUGGAAAAGAAAAAGUCGAGCAGCUCGAAGCCCUUCUUUGGCAUCAAUAACAACAUGCUUGCUUACGUUGGUCUCGGCCUGGUGGUCAUCAUGUUUUCGCUUUUGCUGUCGAUCUUCCGCAGCAAAUAUCGUGGAUAUCCUUACAGCUUCCUAUUCAGUUAAAGUCCUCCGCUAGUCCCAGGAAUAUCAGACUAUUGCAUGUGUGAACGUCACCUACAGUAUGCUUUACCAAUCGUUGUGGAGCAUGUCAUCGUUAAAUCAUGGUUUUGUCUGUUUUCUCCAUUUUAGUAUUUAUCGUAAAUCGUUAGGGUUCCUAUCUAUUCGCCUAUGGGUCUGAGCCUUGUUGUCUCGAGGGUCAUCCUCGAAUUUUGUGAUUGAUUAAGGUAAUUUUAUGGUUUUCAUAUGAUGAAUGUGUUGCUG